AUGACAGAGCCUGCCCUUCUCCCCACGGCCCAGAUGCAGAGGCUGGCCCUGCUGCCCCUGGCCUCACCGUGUCCCCGGAUCCCGCGGGCCCGCAUCGCCAGGCAGCUGGGGCGCUGUGCCCAGCCCUGGGCCCACCUGAGCGGCAGCUCUGGCUCCUCUUCGGGUCGAAUGAAGCAGCUUCCCCGAAAGAAUGCCCUGCAGUCACGUCCUGCCAACUGCUUCCACCAGCGACUGUCCUCGGCCGAGAGCUUGUCCAUGGAUGGCUUUUGGAUUGAGGUGGAGCAGAUCCAACAGAGGGAUGAGCUGAAAGACGAAGACGGCGGGGGAGAAGGCCUGUUUCCAGAGGAAGGGGAAGCAGAGUCCCAGUGGCUGCAGGACACUGGCCUGUUGGGUCUCCUUGGUGGCCUCGGCUUGAACUGUGAUCACCGGGGGCUCCUGUCCACUCUGACACGGACUCAGGUGUCCGCAGUGUGCCGUCGGCUGGACAUCUGUGCCCGCUCAGCCCGAAGACGACACAAGGCACCUGUGAGAGAUGUCAGGGACGUCUUUGGGGUCUUCGGUUCAGGGGAAGUAUCUUCUGAGAAUGGGGACUCAGGUAUGAAAUGGACCCAGCUCAGUUCCGGGGCUCCUCCAUCCCCUCCAGUAGCAACAGCAGCAGCAGAGCCCUGGGGGCCGCAGGAGCAGGCUGGGAGGGAGGAAGCCUUCAAUAUGGACUCCGCCUACUCGGAACAAGCUGCUGCACUCCUGCAGAGGGCCAGGCCACUGCCGGGAGGCGCCUGUGCCUGGGACAGGGGCGCCCUGCCGAAGUUCAGAAUCCCCAAAGGCAGACUCGGAGUGACAAGGAUAGGAGACUUGUCCCUGGAGGAUAUGAGGAAGAUCCCUUCGCUGGCCCUCAUAGAGCUGACCGCGCUCUGUGACGUCCUGGGACUGGACCUGAAGAGGAGCAAGGUGUGCAAGUGGAAGGCAGCAGAAACUCGCCUUUUUGGUGUACCUCUCGACAGCCUGCUGGAAGCUGACCACAAAGUCCUCCCUGGCACACGGGUCCCGCUUGUGCUCCAAGCUCUGCUGUCCUGUUUGGAGAAGAGAGGGCUGGACGCAGAAGGCAUCCUCAGGGUGCCCGGAUCGCAGGCCAGAGUCAAGGGGCUGGAACAGCAGCUGGAGAGAGACUUCUACGCUGGCCUUUUCAGCUGGGACGGGGUUCAUCACAACGACGCAUCCGAUUUGCUCAAAAGGUUCAUCCGGAAGCUGCCAGUGCCCCUGCUCACUGCUGAGUAUCUCCCGGCCUUCGCUGUGGUGCCCAACAUUCCGGACUUGAAGCAGCGACUACAGGCGCUUCACCUGCUCAUCUUGCUCCUCCCAGAGCCCAACAGAAAUGCCCUGAAGGCACUCCUGGAGUUCCUCAGGAAGGUGGUGGCCCGGGAACAGCACAACAAGAUGACUCUGUGGAACGUUUCCACGGUGAUGGCACCUAAUCUCUUCCUGCACCAAGGGCGCCUCCCGAGACUCCUCAAGGGCAAGGAGAAGCAGCUGGCAGAGGGGGCGGCAGAGGUGGUGCAGAUGAUGGUGCAGUACCAGGACCUGCUCUGGACAGUGAGUGCUGGGCCUGGGGAGCAGGCGGGGAGGNNNAAUGACAUUAGUGGCCGGCGCUCCCAGCUCUGCGAUGGCGGCCUCAAGACUUGGCUGCGGAGGAUACACGCAGACAGGGACAAGGCGGUGGACGGCCCCGAGGCGAGUCCCCAAGUGGCAAAGAUCCAAGUGGCCUGGCCUAUCGAGGACCUUCUGAGAGUACCUCUGACCCCCAACACCAAAGUGGCCCACGUCCUGAAGCAGUUCACACAGCACCCCAGCCCUGAUUCUGAGGGUCAAGGGGGCAGUGAGGACAAGGACGGCCUCCUCGCACACAACAGGUCCAUGGACUCGGCCCACAUCCUCCUUUAUGAAGUUGGAGGGAAUAUCAGUGAGCAUCGUCUGGACCCAGAUGCAUACCUGUUGGAUCUGUACCGUGCCAACCCCUAUGGCGAGUGGGUCAUUAAGCAGAGCCCCACCUAAGCCUGGCGGGGGCUCGCUCUACCCCCUUCUCUGACUCAGAGCUCAUGCACCGCACUGGAGCAAAGUGACUUAAAGGGAAGGUCUGAGUCUCUGAAAUGCUUCUCAAAUUCUGAAAAGGACACAGGGUUGGAACUGUCUCCCCCCUUCAAACGCCAGCACAAAGCCCUCACCCCCACCUCCUCUCAGCCCUCAAGAGGGCUCCUACACCAAGCGGGCUGUAUUCCUGCACUGCUUGGAGCAUGUGGAUUUCGAUGAGGUUUUGUCCACAAUUUCUAGACCUAAGGAGAAUUUAUAAAGCAGCACCUCCACUGAGAGGCAGUUGGAUUUUUUUCCAAGGAGAAAAUUGCUUUGAAAGUAGCCCUGUGGUGUGUAGAGCCUAGAGGCUCUGUGACCUCCAGCAAGUCCCUUGCCCUCUCUGAAUCCGUCCAGAUGAGGGGGUUCUGUUUCAGGGAACAAAGGCUGUGGCUGUGAAAAACUGAAGAAAAACUGUCUUUCACAGCUC